GCGGCCAAUCAGUGGUCUUCUCUUACCUACCAUAGGUUGUCACCGUUCAAACAAACCAGGGGGGCGGCGUACAGUCGCACGAGAAACUUUUUAAUCGGCUAGUCGUGGGAAAGUCAAGAUCAGUAGAGGAACGGCGUUGCACGAGACUAGUCGUGUGUCUAAAGAGAGAACUUCUGUUGUUCGUGUGUCUGGCCGUCCCACCAUUCUAGAGCAACCCACAAAUCGCUUCCUGAUGAUGAAGAGAAACCUUAGUGAUAUGGAUUCCGACUGCGACGAAGUCUUUACUGACGAUUACACUAAAGGGAAUCCAAACCAAGGUAAUGAUGGUUUCCAACUGCUCAAUCGUAAAAGAAGACGAGGAGUCAUUGAAAAACGACGCCGUGACCGAAUUAAUCAUUGUUUGUCGGAACUGCGACGCCUUGUCCCCGCAGCUUUUGAAAAACAGGGGUCAGCAAAACUGGAAAAGGCAGAAAUUUUACAAAUGACCGUGGAACAUCUCAAGGUGUUACAUGCUAAAGGGUUUGAUCCGUUUUCGUUGGAUCCCCACAAGAUGUUCAUGGAUUACCACAGCAUCGGAUUUCGAGAGUGUGCAUCUGAAGUAGCACGCUACCUGGUGGCCAUGGAAGGACUAGAUCUUCAAGACCCGUUGCGGUUGCGCCUCAUGAGCCACCUUCAGUGCUACUCAGCGCAGAGAGAUUUAGUCGUCAAGUCUACAGUUACCCAGAGUCCGUGGAAUACAGCGUCAUCUCUUCCUCCAGCGCCUCAAUACUUUUCUCAUCCAGUAGUGCCCCCUAGCGGAUCUGGUGUACAUACCUCCUCCUCCAUGAAUUUAGACGCGCCACCUGGGGUUCAAUAUUCUUGCAGUAUUUCAAGGCUUGCUCAUCCUUCUGCUUCUGAAGACAGUAUGACAUCUUGUCUCCUUCCUCCACAUCCGGGACCCCGAGUACCAUCCAAUGCAACAAACUCCAUGUCACCUCCCACCAUGCAACCUUCCGUAACUCCUAGCAGUACUUUCAUGAUGUCGUCGCCUUCUCAAAUGCCAUCCAGUCAGUACCUUGGCACACAGGGACUUCCAUCCAGUGGCUAUGGAUGGUCCAGCACAUCUCCACAGCCAUCAUCUUCCAUGAAACCUUACAGACCAUGGGGAGCCGAAUUAGCUUACUGAUAGUUGAAAACAUCAUAAAAUGAAGAAUUCUUACAAUCUUGAGUUGUGUCCUCCAAACACUGCUGUAUCAAAGAUAGAUUUGGUAGAUGUGGAACAUACUGGAAAGUUUUAGAAUCUUUGUGUGUACAAAGGGACUCCUCAUAGUUUAAAUAAGAUCCCAUGUACGCUUCCUCAUCCGAGAAGGACAUACAGACAGAAUGUAGGGGCUCUUCUCAAACUCAAGAAGCUCCCGUGUGCGCUUUCUAGUCUGAAAGGAUAUACAAAAAAGGGGUACCUUACAUAUUCAAGAAGUGUCUGUGUACGUUGUUUAGAUGAUAAGAAUACACAGACAGACACCUAUGUUGAACUGGAUUCAUUAAAACGAUCGUGUCCUUGUGAUUGUUUUUACUUGGCCUACUGAAGAUCUC